AGUUAUGAAUAAUAAGACAACACUUUCUUCUUCCUCUCUUUCCUCUGUAACUGUCAUUCUCCAUUACAGUUAAUUCGAAGCUCUCAUUCUGCCAUUAGAGUAGCUUCCUGAUAACUGUAACAUUGGUAUCAGAGCUCCUUCUCGAUCCAAACCACGACAAUCUGGCCAAUACACGUGCGAAGAUCAAGAUGGAAGAAGCAUUGAAGAAGAUGAUCGAACAACAACGCGAUUGGAUGGCAUCGCAGCUUUCAGAACAAUGGAAACUCAUGGAAGAACAGGUCUCUCGGCUAGCAAAUCAACUGCAGGAUUUGCAGACACAAGGAUCUGGCAACUAUCAAGAGUCAGGAAAUUCAUCAAAUCACAAUGGAGGCAGAAAUCUAUUCCAUUUCAAUCCGAAGAUCGAAUUUCCAUCAUUCGAGGGAGGAAAUCCACGAGAAUGGAUCAAGAAAUGCAGACAAUACUUCUCCUUGUGUAAAGUACCUGAAGAACAGCAGGUAAAUUUAGCCUCUAUUCAUUUCAAAGGUAGAGCUGAAAUUUGGUUCAGUAACUAUGGUCAAGGGAGAAAUAACAUUUGUUGGGAUGAGUUUGUCAUGGAUUUGGGGGCCAGAUUCAAGGAAGAUGAUCACAAUGAUAUAGUAGAAGAAUUCAAUAAACUCUGUCAAACAGGAGACUUAGAAGAAUAUGUGGAUAAGUUUGAAGAACUUAAAGGGCUGUUGUUAAGGAAGAGGCCUAACAUGCCUCAGGAGUAUUUCCUGGAUAGCUUUAUUGCAGGACUAAAGCCACAAAUUAAGCCUUUUGUGAAGGCGUUUGCUCCAACAUCAGUAACUAAGGCCAUUAGUUAUGCAAGGUUGCAAGAGCAAACUGUGGAAGCCUGGAGAACUCAAGAUAAAUCCAACAAGCACUCACAACUUCAAUCUAACAUGGGAAGGAAUAAUGCACCUUUACUAGCUAAGCCUGAAUCAUCUACCAAAUCCAGCACUCCAACAGGCUACCAGGGUGCAUUCAGACCUCAGGGCAGUUACAACACGUCUAGCUCAGCCAAUAAACCAACCUUUACGCAGAGAAAUCCCAAGUUCAUCCUUGCAUCUAGGGAAGAUUACCCUAUCAAAGGAGGUCUGGAGGACAAAGAAGCCAUACCCCAAGAGGUGGAAAGGGUGUUAGCACAUUCUCUCAAUAUGAAAGGUGAGGGUGAAGCCUCCAAGUGCCAUGUGAAAGAAGCUAGAAGAAUGAAAAACAACAGUCCCUACUGCAACUCCUCGGAGCAACUGCAUAUGCAUUUGGUUGAAAUGUUGAAGAACAAGUUUGGGUAUGAUGAUGCAUUUAACUACAAAGAAGAGAAGGACUUGAGGGCCACUUUGAAAAGACUCAACUUGUGACCUAUAAUUAUAUAAAAACUAUAUGGUAUAUUAAUUAGAUAAAAUAAUAUUUUGAAAAUAUUUUACAUAAUAAAUAAUCUAAAAAAAUAAUUUUUGCAUCAAUAUGCAUGCAAUCCGAAUUAUAUUUAAUUAACGAUCAAAGUUUAUCAAUUUUGACAAUAAAAUUCAAAACUAGAUAAAUACUUUUAGAGAGAGAUGAUAUUUAGUAAUUAAUGAUUAAUAAACUAAUGGUUUUUCU